AUGGGAACCUGCUGGCCUAAGCCUGUAGAUAGUCGUCCCACCACCAACAGUUGUUCUAGUCCAGUUCAUAAUGAUGCAAAGCUGAUCAAGAACAGAAAUCGCCACGACAGCAACAGCAACAGCAACAAUCAUGAGAACAGUAGGCUUUCAGCGGCUGAUCCCAAUCGCGGUGGAGAAGGAGGCCGUGGGGGCAGCGACCAUCAGGGUGUUCCUCUAAGUGAGAGCAAGACGGAGAGAAAUUCUGACGGAGCAAGAGGCAAAGAUAACAAUGGCCAAAAGAUCAACGUGGCGAGUACCUUCACAUUCGAAGAACUUGCAAUGGCGACCCAAAAUUUCAGAGAAUCUAAUUUAAUCGGGAAAGGAGGUUUCGGAAGUGUUUACAAGGGCUGCCUAGAUUCUGACGUGGUUGUUGCUGUCAAACAACUUAAUCUCGAAGGUCUUCAGGGGAAUCAAGAGUUUAUCGUGGAGGUAUUUAUGUUAAGUCUGCUGCACCAUCCCAACCUCGUUAACUUGAUUGGAUAUUGUGCUCAUGAAGAACAGAGAUUUUUGGUGUACGAGUACAUGCCACUGGGGAGCCUGGAUCGUCUUCUUUUUGAGCCUGAUCAGAAGCCAUUGGGUUGGAGCACAAGGCUGAAGAUUGCUUUAGAUGUAGCUCAUGGCCUUGAAUAUCUUCACUGCAAAACAAAUCCACCAGUCAUUUAUCGUGAUAUGAAAUCUUCGAACAUAUUGUUGGACAAUGACUUCAAUGCCCGGCUGUCGGAUUUUGGAGUCUCUAAACUAGGACCAAUUGGUGAGAACACUCAUGUGUCGACACGAGUAGUGGGAACUUAUGGAUAUUGUGCCCCUGAAUAUGUCGUCAGUGGCAAACUGACUCUAAAUUCAGAUAUCUAUAGCUUUGGCGUUGUUUUAUUGGAAUUGAUUACUGGACGUAAGGUUAUCGAUCACACCAGAAAGUCUGGAGAAAAGAAUCUGGUUAUGUGGUUCCUUCCCUUUCUAAAAGACCACAAGAAGUUUGUCCAGAUGGCAGACCCGCUUUUAGAGAUGCGCUUCUCCAUCCGAAGUCUACACCAUGCAAUAGCAAUUACUGCAAUGUGUCUUCAGGAACAACCAAGUUUUCGCCCUGCCAUCAGUGAUAUUGUUACAGCACUUGAAUCCGUAGCCUCUCAGAUGGGUAUCUCUGAUCAUCAUCAAGGUCGAAUCAGGGUCGGCCAUAAAAACCUUGAAGCCUAG